AUGUUUCCCAUCUGUCCCUAUGUAGAUAGGGAGACCGGGAAAGGUGCAGGACCAUUGUCGCUACCACAACGAUACAAAGACGAGCAUGCUCCUGCUGAGACCCGUACCAUCUCGUAUAUCCCUGCGGCAACCGACGAGGCAUCCAACGGCUGCGCAUAUCAGGUCAUCGAGGAAUGGCCUUGCCCCGAUCCGCAGCGGGUGGUCGCCAAGACGCUGCAAGGCGAAAACGCGGUGAGAAUGGAUCAAAUACAGGAGGAGGUGGACGGUCUCGCAAAGAUCAAGAAGCUGUGCACCGCAGGAGCGUUCACCCCCGCAGGCUCGCCUUCUAAGGCAUGGAUGAUCAUGCACUUCAUAGAUGGAGGCUCUCUCCUCUCAACCAACGGGUGGAAACACAACGUCAACCCUCUCGGCGACGCGAAGCCGCCGCAGCGCACCCGUGACCCCGUCUUUCCUCGCGCAGCGUGUGCGACCUUUAUGCAGAACUUCCACCUCUCCGUCCGAGACCUGCCUAAUAUCCACGUCCUUUCCGACUAUGUGUAUCACCCGGUGGCUGACGACGGUACUUUCAAGAAACCCGACGGGAUCGACUUCAUCGACUGGGGCAAUUGGGGCGCGGUUAAGGCAGACGACGAGAAAGAAGCGAUACUGGCUGGCAUGAAUGCUGAAUCGCGACUACGUGGAGGUGUACUGAACGUCAACACUGUGUGCGGUAAUCCGUAA